UGGGGCAGACCCUGGGCUAACAGGCCUCAGGGAGAACUCCAAUGGCUUCUGUGUCAGCACGCCCACACCGGGCCACAACAAUGGCCGCCACCUAUGUCCCAGUCCCUGGAGAGGUCUCACUCCUCACCGAGAUGCACUCAGGGCCUAUUAGGUUGCUUUCAGCUAUGUAAUGUUUUUCGAUCCCAUGAAAUGGAAAUUGACCAGUGCUUGCUGGAGUCCCUUCCCCUUGGCCAACGGCAGAGGCUGGUGCAGCGCAUGCGCUGUGAACAGAUCAAAGCCUAUUAUGAACGAGAGAAGGCUUUUCAGAAGCAGGAAGGGUUCCUGAAGAAGCUGAAACGUGGGAAGAAUCAGAAAGUUCAUUUUAACCUUGCUGACAUGAUACAGGAUGCAAUUAUCCACCACGAUGACAAAGAAGCUCUUCGACUCCUGAAGGAGGGGGCAGACCCACACACUCCCGUUUCCUCAGGAGGGUCCCUGCUCCAUCUGUGUGCUCGGUAUGAUAAUGCCUUCAUUGCAGAGAUCCUGAUUGACAGAGGGGUCAAUGUCAACCACCAGGAUGAAGACUUUUGGACGCCAAUGCACAUUGCCUGUGCGUGUGAUAACCCUGAUAUUGUCCUGCUGCUUGUGCUAGCUGGAGCCAAUGUCCUUCUGCAGGAUGUCAAUGGAAACAUCCCAUUGGAUUAUGCCGUGGAAGGGACGGAAUCAAGCUCUAUCCUGUUGGCCUAUCUGGAUGAAAAUGGAGUGGAUCCGACCUCCCUGCACCAGAUGAAGCUUCAGAGGCCAAUGAGUAUGUUAACAGAUGUAAAACACUUCUUAUCAUGUGGAGGAAAUGUUAACGAGAAAAAUGAUGAAGGAGUAACUCUGUUACACAUGGCAUGUGCAAGCGGCUACAAGGAGGUAGUAUCUCUUCUCCUGGAACAUGGCGGAGACCUCAAUACAGUAGAUAAUCAGCACUGGACCCCACUCCAUUUGGCAGCAAAAUAUGGCCAGACAAACCUGGUGAAACUUCUUUUGAUGCAUCAGGCGAAUCCAAACCUUCUGAACUGCAAUGAAGAGAAGGCCUCAGAUAUCGCUGCAUCUGAGUAUAUUGAGGAAAUGCUGCUGAAAGCCGAAAUUGCCUGGGAGGAAAAAAUGAAGGAGCCUUCAUCUGUUCCUACCUUAGCACAAGAGGAGCCAUAUGAAGAGAUCAUUCAUGAUCUCCCAGCACUUUCCACUAAGCUCAGUCCACUGAUGUUGCCAAUUGCCAAGCAAGACAGUUUGUUGGAAAAAGACAUUAUGUUCAAAGAUGCAACAAAAGGUCUGUGCAAGAGACAAUCUCAGGACAGCGCCCCUGAAAAUGCCACCGUGAUUGGCCCCACCAAACCUGAACAGGUCAAGCUAAUGCCUCCCGCUCCAAACGAUGACCUAGCAACGCUCAGUGAGCUCAACGAUGGCAGCCUGCUUUAUGAAAUUCAGAAGCGCUUUGGGAACAAUCAGAUAUACACUUUUAUUGGGGAUAUCCUCUUGCUUGUUAACCCAUUCAAAGAGCUUCCAAUUUAUUCCACUAUGGUCUCCCAGCUGUACCUCAGCAGCACGGGGCAGCCCUGUUCCUCUCUGCCCCCUCACAUCUUCUCCUGCGCGGAGAGAGCCUUUCACCAGCUUUUCCAGGAGCAGCGGCCCCAGUGCUUCAUUCUCAGUGGAGAAAGAGGAUCUGGAAAGUCCGAAGCCAGCAAACAAAUAAUGAGGCACCUGACCUGUAGAUCUGGCUCCAGCAGGCCUAUAUUUGAUUCCAAAUUUAAACAUGUCAUGUGCAUCUUAGAAGCCUUUGGACAUGCCAAGACAACUCUUAACGAUCUGUCCAGUUGCUUCAUAAAGUAUUUUGAACUACAGUUCUGCGAGAGGAAAAAACACUUAACUGGAGCCAGAAUUUAUACAUACAUGCUAGAGAAAUCUAGACUUGUUUCACAACCUCUUGGCCACAGCAAUUUCCUCGUUUUCUACUUGUUGAUGGAUGGGUUAUCUGCUGAAGAAAAAUAUGGACUUCACCUUAAUAAUUUAUGUGCACACCGGUAUUUGAACCAGACGCUACAAGAAGAUCUGUCAACAGCAGAGCAUUCUCUAAACAGGGAGAAAUUCACUGUUUUGAAACAAGCCCUGAACGUAGUUGGCUUCAGUAACUUGGAGGUGGAGAAUCUGUUUGUGAUUCUAGCAGCGAUAUUACACAUCGGAGACGUUCGGUUCACUGCUCUGACUGAGGCCGACUCUGCGUUCGUUUCUGACCUCCAGCUUCUGGGACAAGUGGCUGGAUGGUUACAAGUAUCAGCUGAUGAACUGGUGUCUGCUUUAACAACCGAUAGCCAAUAUUUUAAAGGAGAUAUGAUCACACGACGACACACUAUAGAGAUGGCUGAAUUUUACCGGGAUCUCCUGGCCAAGUCCCUGUACAGUCGUUUGUUUAGCUUUUUGGUGAAUACUGUGAAUUGUUGCCUCCACAGUCAAGAUGAGCACAGCAGCACACAGACAUGGGAUAUUGGAAUAUUGGACAUCUUUGGUUUUGAAGAAUUUCAAAAGAAUGAAUUUGAACAACUUUGUGUCAACAUGACCAAUGAGAAGAUGCACCACUAUAUCAAUGAAGUGCUUUUUCUACAGGAGCAAACAGAAUGUGUACAAGAGGGAGUUACCAUGGAAACAGCUUAUUCUCCUGGUAACCAGACUGGAGUUUUGGAUUUUUUUUUCCAGAAGCCAUCUGGAUUUCUCUCUUUAUUGGAUGAAGAAACUCAAAUGAUUUGGUCAGUGGAACCAAAUCUUCCUAAAAAGCUACAAAGUCUCCUAGAAUCCUCCAACACAAAUGCAGUGUAUUCCCCCAUGAAGGAUGGGAAUGGGAACGUCACCCUCAAAGAUCAAGGCACAGCAUUCACUGUUAUGCACUACGCAGGAAGGGUAAUGUAUGAAACGGUUGGAUCAAUUGAAAAAAAUAAAGACUCUCUUUCACAGAAUCUUCUAUUUGUAAUGAAAACUAGUGAAAAUGUCGUGAUCAAUCAUUUGUUCCAAUCGAAACUGUCACAAACGGGAUCCCUCGUCUCUCCCUAUCCUUCUUUUAAAUUCAGAGGACGUAAAUCUGCCCUGCUCAGUAAGAAAAUGACAGCUUCUUCAAUUAUUGGAGAAAACAGGAAUUACCUAGAACUUAGCAAGUUAUUAAAAAAGAAAGGAACUUCUACAUUUCUUGAAAGACUGGAACGGGGAGGCCCGGUCACCAUUGCAUCGCAACUCAGGAAAUCUCUAACGGAUAUUAUUGGAAAACUUCAGAAGUGCACUCCACACUUUAUUCAUUGCAUCAAGCCCAAUAACUCAAAGCUGCCAGAUACCUUUGAUAAUUUUUAUGUGUCUGCUCAGCUACAAUAUAUUGGGGUCCUGGAGAUGGUGAAGAUCAUCCGAUACGGAUACCCUGUUCGGCUUUCCUUCUCGGAUUUUCUGUCAAGGUAUAAGCCACUGGCCGAUACACUCUGGGGUGAGAAGAAGAAACUGUCUGCCGAGGAGAAAUGUCGACUUGUCCUCCAGCAGUGUAAAUUACAAGGCUGGCAGAUGGGUGUCCGAAAAGUGUUUCUAAAAUACUGGCAUGCCGGCCAGCUCAAUAAUUUGUGCCUACAGCUGCAGAGAAAAAUUAUCACCUGCCAAAAAGUUAUAAGAGGAUUUCUAGCACGCCAGCACUUGCUUCAGAAAAGGAGCAUUAGACAACAAGAGGUCACGUCCAUCAACAGCUUUCUGCAGAUUACAGAGGACAUGGGGCUGAAGACCUAUGAUGCCCUGGUCAUUCAGAACGCUUCGGACAUUGCCCGGGAAAAUGACCGGCUCAGGAACGAAAUGAAUGCUACUUACCACAAAGAGAAGCUGGAGGCCAGGAACAAGCCAGAGGAAGGAAACAAAAGAGCUGAAGACAAGGGUGGACCCAGGCAUUUUCACUGCAGCUCCGUCCCAGUCCCCAUGGCAGUGGACGGCCUGGUCCAGUCCCUGGCUGGCCCAUCCACCCGGUCUCCUUCUCUGCAUUCGGUGUUCAGCCUGGAUGACAGCAGUGGCCUCCCGUCACCACGGAAACAGCCUCCACCCAAGCCAAAGAGGGACCCCACCACGCGGCUGAGCGCCUCCUAUGAGGCAGUGAGCGCCUGCCUGUGGGCCGCAGCUAAGGAAUCCGCGAGUGAAGUUCUCACCCGGCCCAGACCGCACAGUGAUGACUACAGCACCGUGAAAAAGGUUCCUCCUCGAAAGCCAAAACGAAGCCCCACCACCAAGCUCAGCGGCUCUUCGGAGGAGAUCUCGGGCGGCCGGCCGGGGGCGGCGGGGGUCGCGGGCGCGCGGCGCAGAGCCGGCCCGCAGCGCGCCCCGGGGACCGUGCCGGGGGUCCCCGCGCGCCCCGCGCCCCCCGCGCCCGAGGCCGAGGCCGAGCCCGUCUACAUUGAGAUGCUGGGCCGCGCCGGCAGCCCCGAGCAGGCCGAGGCCGUGUACGAGGAGAUGAAGUACUUCGUGCCCCCCGAGGACGGCGGCGCGGGGGCGGGCGCCUCGGCGUCCGCGUCGCCCCCUCUGCUGGGUGACGGUCGGAACCCCAUCUCCCUGGAGGACGGCGACGGGAGCGGCCAGGCGCCCGGGCCCUGCAAGGACGCGUGCGACAUUCCCGCGCCCUUCCCCAACCUGCUCCCUCACCGGCCCCCGCUCCUGGUGUUCCCGCCCACUCCGGUCACCUGCUCCCCCGCUUCCGACGAGUCGCCCCUGACGCCCCUGGAGGUGAAAAAGCUGCCAGUCCUGGAAACCAACCUCAAGUACCCUGUGCAGUCCGAGGGCUCGAGCCCUCUGUCUCCGCAGUAUUCCAAAAACCAAAAAGGGGACGGAGACAGGCCCGCGUCCCCCGGCCUCCCGGUAUUUAACGGGGGCCACAAGGGCUCUCCGCCGCCCACGCCCCCGCCCGCGCCCCCGGCUGCCGCCCCCCGGCCGCCCGCACACUUCACCUUCCCGCCAGAGCCCGGCGCGCCCACCGCGGGGAAAGGGGCGGCCAACCCAGAUCGGCACAAGGGGCAGCAAAAGCCCAACUCUGCUCCAGCCGGGGGGCCGUGCAGCUCUUUCUCCAAGGUUCCUUACUCCCCCGGGAAGGCAGCUAGAGCCGACCAUAGGAAGGCCAACUCCUCCUCCUCCUCUCCAGUCCCCUACAGCCCCCCAAACUCCAGACCAAUCGGCAGCCCUCUGGACGAGCUAACCAGUCUCUUUAACUCCGGAAGGAGCGUGCUCCGGAAGUCGGCGGUGGGGAGAAGAAUAAGGGAACCGGAAGGUUUUGAAACUAACAUGAACCUAACUAGCCGAGAUGAUCCUGGUACAUCAGAAAUUGCAUCAGAGACUCAAGAUAGAAAUGCAAAUAACCAUGGAAUUCAAUUAUCUAAUUCACUCUCUAGUGCCAUCACUGCUGAAAAUGGAAAUUCCUUCUCAAAUGGUUUACCUGAAGAGGAGGGAUGCUCCAGGCUGUCUGUGAGUGGCACAGGGACCUCAUCAUUUCAGAGACACAGGGAGAGUCACACCACUCAGGUAAUCCAUCAGCUGAGGCUCUCGCAGAAUGAAAGUGUGGCCCUGCAGGAGCUCCUGGACUGGAGGCGGAAGCUCUGCGAGGAGAGAGAAGACUGGCAGCAAAUCCUGCACCACCCGGAGCCCAGGGCGCCUCCCCCACCUCCUUGCAAAAAGCCGACUCUUCUGAAGAAGCCUGAGGGGGCCUCCUGCAGCCGGCUGCCUUCUGAGUUCUGGGACACCACCAUUUGAUGUGGCCCGGACUGCAGACUCGCAGAAUAGGACUGCCUAGCAAUUCCAGGCUGCAUCGACAGAAGGCUGCCUCUGAUAUGGCUGGGUGCUCUCGCCACACAUUUACACAAACAAGCACAGGACAAUGAAGUUAACUACAUGAGAU